AUGGCGGCGGCGGCGGCGGAGGAGGCUCCGGUAUCGGCGGCGGAGGCGCGGGUGCGCGCGUGGGCGCGCGGGCACGCGGCGCGCGGCCGGCGCGUGGCGCUGGUGACGUCAGGCGGGACGCGCGUGGGGCUGGAGGCGCGGCCCGUGCGGUUCCUGGAGAACUUCAGCAGCGGUCGGCGCGGGGCCGGGUCCGCAGAGCGGCUGCUCCAGGCUGGGUACGCGGUGUGCUUCCUGCACCGAGCCCGCUCCGCCUUCCCCUGGGCCCGCAGCCUGCCCCCGCACGGAGCCGCGCUCCUCGACGCCUUCCGCAUCGCCCCCGGGGAGCAGCCGGCCGUGGCCGCCGAGGCCGCCGCGCUGCCCGCGCUGCUGGCCGCGCUGCGUGGGUACCACCGGGCCAAGGAGGAGGGGACGCUGCUGGCCAUAGAGUUCACUGAGCUCCAGGAGUACCUGGAGUUGCUGCGGGCCGCGGCCAGAGCGCUGGAGCCACUCGGCUCCAGUGUCAUGUUCUACCUGGCAGCUGCUGUGUCCGAUUUCUACAUCCCCACCUCGGAGCUGCCCGAGCACAAGAUCCAGUCCUCGGAGGGACCCCUGCAGAUUACACUGAAGAUGGUGCCAAAAAUGCUGUCUCCUCUCGUCAAAGAAUGGGCCCCAGAGGCCUUUGUUAUCUCCUUUAAACUGGAGACGGAUCCCUUGAUCUUAAUUGAUAAAUCACGGCAGGCUCUGGAGAAAUACCAUCACCAGGUGGUGGUAGCCAACAUCCUGGAAUCCCGGAGAACCGCUGUUGUUAUCGUCACCAAGGACUCACAGACUCCACUGUCGCUUUCCGAGGAGGAAAUAGCUCAAGGCAUGGAAAUAGAGGAGAAGAUAGUGAACUAUCUGCAGGCCCAGCACACUCUCUUUAUAGAGAAGAAGAUCUGAGGACCAGCUCUAGAUGAAACGGGAGAUGUUUUCUCUCCCAACUGGAAGCCAAUGUGGAAAGCUGCCGUCCAGAACAGCAUCACUUCUAUGCACCGUGGUAAUGGUUAUUGAUGCUUGGCUUGAAGGGAAGCCGUGCCAGAGGAUGGUAUUCCUUCUGGUGGUUAAAGAAGAGAAUGAUAUGUUGCUUUCUUCCUGUUCUGCGAACUGGGAGAACUGGGAGGUGGAGAAAUGUUAUCUCUGUCUGUAUAUAAAAGAUUGUCUUGAA